UUAAUACAGUUCAAUGUGGAUUCUCUUAUCUUUUUGAUACUUUUAGUGUUUUUCACCAAAGGUUGAUCGUUUAGUUUCGAUUGGUUCAUUGCAUGAUGGAAAUAUUUAUGUAUGGAAUUGGCGAAAUAAGAAAAAGCUUACUUCAAAUAGAUGUCUGGGUUCUAUUCAUCGUGUUGCUUUUGCAGAAGACGGAAGCUAUUUUGUUACAGUUGGUAUUCGUCAUGUUAAAUUUUGGUAUUCUGUUGCAAAAUCAACGUCUGGCGUUGUACCAUUACGUGGACAUGAUGUGAUCUUAGGUGACAGUAGAAAUAAUCGUUUUAUUGAUGUCGUUUGUGGACGCAAGAACUGUACUGGUUUGACAUACGUCUUAACUGCAAAUGGUCUUAUUUGUCAAUUUGAUGAAAAUCGAAAAUUACGUGCUGACAAGAAACUUCAAGAAAAAACGAAUUGUUUAGCUAUUGGUGACUCGUAUCUUGUUGUUGGAUGUGAUAAAGGUGUUGUUUACGUAUUGUCAUCCGAAAUUCUUGAAAAUAUUAUGUCAGUACCGUUACCACAUUGUUUGGGUAUUGAUAUUAAUUUUAUUGCAUCAACUGAUCAGAUGACAUAUCCACAAAAACAAAAUAUUUCUUUUCCGAAUACAAUAGCUGUUUGUUUAGAUGAAAAUAAAUCACUGUUAACAUGCUUUUAUAAUGAUCAUAGUUUUUAUAUUUGGAAUAUAAGAAAUGGACAAGAAAUAGAAAAACGUGAUUGUUAUAUGUAUCAUUCGGAAUGUGUUUGGGGAAUCGAAACAUAUUCUAUCAGAAGCACAUCAUCUGCUACUUUUAAUCGGUUAAGUUUUAUAACAUGUUCAGCUGAUAAUACUGUACGUUUUUGGUCAUUAGAUCAUAAUGAAACUCGUUCAAAUUUUGCUUCGUCACCAGUUGAAAAUGUAUUAAAUAGACAUUUGAUGAAAAUUAUCUAUUUAGAUGAAGAUUAUUCAAAACUAUGUGAUAAUCCAACAACACAAGAGAAACCUGAAUCUACCACGAAACUCGGGGGUCGUUGUAUGAAAAUGGCGCCUGAUGGCUUGUCAUUAACUAUUGGUGAUCUUAAUGGAAAUAUUCGUAUAUUUGACAUGAAAACAUUCAAACAGAUAGCAUUUAUUGUAGCACAUGAUAAUGAAGUACUUAGUAUUGAUUAUGGUCAAUCAACCGAUAUGAAUGUGAUCUUUCUGGCGUCAAGUAGUCGUGAUCGUUUUGUUCAUAUAUUUGAUGUAUCAAAAGAUUAUCAAUUAAUUACAACAUUAGAUGAUCAUUCAGGAGCUGUAACAGCUAUUCGUUUUACAGAUUUAUCCAUAACUUCCGAUCUACAAUUGAUCUCCUGUGGUGCUGAUAAAUCAUUGAUAUUUCGAUCAAUUUCGAAAAAUGAAAACGGAAAAUAUCAAUUUCUUCGUUCACAUCAUGUUUUUGAAAAUCAAACAUUUUAUGACUUAACAGUUGACCGUUCACAUGAACUUGUUCAUACAGUUUGUCAAGAUCGAAUGAUAAGAACUUAUUAUACUAAAGAUGCUAAACGAGCUCGAGCUUGUAGAGAUACAACCAGUGAUAGUACCAGCUAUUUAAUCAAAAUUGAUAUUGAUCCAUCAGGAAAAUGUUUAGCAACAUCAUGUUCAAAUAGAUGUGUUUAUCUUUGGGAUGCAACAACAGCCGAAUGCAUUGCAUCAUUAUAUGGUCAUGGUGAAAUUGUCACAGAUUUAAAAUUUAGUGAUGAUGGACAUCAUCUCUAUACGGUUGCAGGUGAUAGUUGUAUUUUUGUGUGGAAUAUUGGAGAAUUACUUGUUGCAUCGUCAAGUUAUCGAUCAAUAUCAGCUCCACCAUUGAAAACAAAUGAUUGUAUUGUAGUUGAAAGGGUUGAAACAAUUUCACAGACAUCGAACCUAACUGAAGCACGCCACCCGCAAACAAAUAGUCAGCGAAGUUUUCGAAAAAGUUCUCAACCUGGUUCAAUAUCAAAUGAAUCUGAAUUCUCUGAUUCACAAUUACGGAGCUUUUUAGAUAAAGAAGUAAUCGAUAAAACAAUUUCUCCACAACAUAAUGAUUCAGUUUUUAUUGAAGAAGAUAACGAUGAUGAAACUGCAGAUAAUGUAGUUAACUCAACUGUAGAAAUGAAUUCAUUUUUUAAUGAAAAUUAUAAUCAUGAAUAUUCAACAAUUAAUACAGCUGAUGCCAGUGAAACUUCCAAACGUCUAUUCCAAAGACAAGACAGUAUUUCAUCUCGUUUUUCUUCCCUAUCAAUACAAAUGACGUAA